AUGAAGGCGACAAUUGCCAUUGGCGCCUGUUUAGCAGCCAGAGCUCUUGCCACCGACCCGAUCACGCCCGACAAGGUCGAGGCGGACAUUAAGACCAAUGAGCUGCAGCGAAACCUAUGGAACCUAAACAAAAUUGCCCGUGACAAUGGAGGAAAUCGCGCGUUCGGUCUUCCUGGUUACAAGGCUUCGCUUGACUACGUUUUGGAACGUGCCCAAACACGAUUUGCCAAGGAGAUGGACACCUGGAUCCAACCAUUCAACCACACCUUCGAGCAAACUCGUAAGAUUAGCGUGACCGGUCCCGAAGGCGAAAGUGUUUAUGUGAUCACUCUACUCUAUAACCAUGCGACCCCCGUUCCAGAUGGCAUUACAGCAUCGCUCAUCGACACACCGGUGGAUGAUGAGCGGGGAUCCGGCUGCUUUGAAGAUCAGUGGACCGGCAUUGACGCAACCGGAAAACUGGCUCUUGUCAAACGCGGAAUAUGCGCAAUUUCCGAUAAGCUCAAGCUGGCAAAGGCACAUGGUGCUUUGGGUGUCAUACUAUAUAAUCAGACACCUGGUACUAGCAUUGGAUCUGCAACUCUCAGUGCUGAGAAUAUAGGACUCCUAAUCCCCGUUGGAGUAGUCCCUCUGGAAGUAGGCACUGCUUGGAAAGCGCGCCUUGCAGCAGGCGAAGAUUUGGUGGUCAACCUACUUGUUGACUCAAUCUUUGAGGAACGUGAGACUUGGAACGUCAUUUCUGAGACGAAAGAGGGCGACCCCAACAGCGUGAUCAUGCUGGGCGCUCAUCUGGACAGUGUUCAAGCCGGCCCUGGUGUAAAUGAUGAUGGAAGUGGAACUACAGCACUGCUUGAGAUCAUGGGAUCCGUGAAAAAAUACAAAGGGUUUCCUAAUAAGAUCCGCUUUGCAUGGUGGGGAGCCGAAGAGAGUGGUCUCAUCGGAUCCCUUUAUUACACCUCGAAGUUGACCGAAUCAGAAGCAGAUGCUAUAAAGUAUUACUUUAAUUACGACAUGAUCGGAUCUCCUUAUCCUGUUUAUGCUAUAUACCAGGCGGACAACAGCGGGCCAGGUGCAACUGGCUUAUACGAUUACCUCAUCUCUCAGGGGAAGCCUGCAUAUUAUGGCGGUUUUGGUUCUUCUUCAGACUAUGUUGGGUUCCUUGAACUAGGCAUUCCUUCAUCUGGUCUUUUUACUGGUGCUGGUGCCCCCGAAGACCCAUGCUAUCAUUUGGCUUGCGAUACCCUCGACAACAUUGAUUGGGAUGCGCUUACAGUUAAUGCCAAAGCAGCCGGGAGGUUGGCGGCUGAGUUUGCACUUUCUGUGGAAGGAAUUCCAGCAAGAAGCACAACUACACCCAACUUGCGCGGCCGGGCUAAAAUCACCGAACAAUUUCGCAAGUGGGCUCGUGCUUCGGAGAAGGCCGUGAUUGAAAAGACUUGCUCGCAUAAUGGGAAUCAAGUCAUUUAA